AUGGCUGAAUUGCUUGCUCCAAAGCCCGAUCGAAUGUUCUUCUUCGACCGCACCUGGAAGCCCCUAGGCUCUAAACGGGAUCUAUCCGAGACCAUCAGCAAGGCCACUGGAGUUCCUGUCGACGUGCUCACCCAUCGACGUGAUCCGAUGAGUGCUACUAUUGGCGAGAAACUAUUCUGGGCAUCGGAUAAGGACGCCUCGAACCAAGAGGACCAUAUCUACGCCCUUAUCUCCCUUCUAGGUUUGCCGAUGGACAUGCGACCUGGCGAAGGCAAGGCCGUCGCGACAAUGCGCAUGCAGAAGCACAUUUUGGGUAACCUCGAGGAUUACACGGUAUUGAUGUUGAAGAGGCCUCUAGGAAUAGCGCGCCGCCCUCCUGAGGAAAUGGAAGAUCCUGAGCUGCAAAUGGAGCAGCCAUCAUGGAGCCAGUUAGACCUACACUCACCGAUCGACCUUGUUUCUACCAAAACCCUCAGCAAAUACCUUCCUAAGCUUCACAAACCACCCGAUAGCCCUCAGCUCACAGGGCGGGGACUCAGAGUCACAUUGUUGGCGAAACGUGUUGACUCGUAUCUCAUAGCUUGGACAUACUGUACACAAGUACGAAGUGGAAAGGUGUACGCUGUAUGCAUCCGCGUUGUGCCAGUUGAUUCGGCUAGUGAUACGCAAAAUGCGUAUUUUAGGGGAAACACGAAUGGCCUUGUAUGUUAUGUAGCCGAAGAUCGCUUGAGGUCGUUUCAGUACAAAGAUGUUUAUUUCGACAUAAAUCCGGACGCGUAA